AUGUCUGGAGCCAGAGUGUUUGCAAAGAGCCUCUGAUAAAUAGGCAAAAAAGGCCCUGCUCGCUCCAGCUGGACUUCAGUGACGCUCAGAGAUCAUUGUAUCCUCACGUAACAACUGAAGCAGGCAAGAACAUCCUAUACUCCACCAAAUUCUGCGUCUGUGCAAUUGUUUAUAAUCAGAUCAACAAACAGUACAUGAAUGAAACACUGGACGGGGUCAGAGGCCAACAUGGCUGGGCACAGCCACUUAGCUCUUUCAGAUGGAUACUGUCUUGCAGAACCACCCCAGCUCUAUGAUGACACGGCUUCAAGUUAUUGACAAUUGCGAUAUGGCCCAUUUUCGAGGAAUUCAAUACCCCCAUAAUGCAGGGGUCGCCUGUAAAGUUCUGACUGAUCAGAUUAGCUAUCCACUUCAAGACCCCGAUCUACAGAUGCCUCCAUACAGCCAGUAUCCCAACAUGCAGUUCUCUACGAUGGCAACACCUCAGCAGCAGACGCAUUAUUCCGCUCAUAAUUACUACCCUCAGUAUUCACCAGAAGGACAUUAUUCUCCUAGCUCAUAUGAGCUAAGCAAACCACAGUAUUUGGGCUCCAGUGUUGCAGAUGGAGGAAUACCUGUGAUGAAAAGACCAAGACUCAAUAAUUCAUCUUUGCGAGUAAAGGGAGAGGAGGAGUUGUGUGUGGUGUGUGGGGACAAAGCUUCAGGGUAUCACUAUAAUGCACUAACCUGUGAAGGAUGCAAAGGAUUUUUCCGCCGGAGUAUCACCAAGAAUGCUGUGUAUAAAUGUAAGACUGGUGGGAACUGUGAAAUGGAUAUGUAUAUGCGGAGGAAAUGUCAGGAAUGCCGGCUGAAGAAAUGCAAGGCAGUGGGGAUGCUAGCUGAAUGUUUGCUAACAGAAAUCCAGUGUAAAUCUAAACGCCUGCGGAAAAACACCAAACAAGUCAUGGAUCUUUUUUGCAGCAUAAAGACAGAGGAAGACGGUGUUGACAACAAACAGGUUUCAUCUACAACCAAGGCUGGAAAGAUCCAGGAGAGAGUAGAGUUUACAGCUGAACAACAACAGCUCCUUGAUUACAUUGUAGAAGCUCAUCACAAGUACCGAAUACCCCAAGAAGCAGCAAGAAAAUACUUGUUGGAACCUGCAAAUCCUGUGGAGGAUUUUCUCCGGCUGUCAGAGAAUGCUACCUUGCAAGUGGAAGUAUUGGUAGAAUUUACUAAAAGAUUGCCAGGAUUCCAGACAUUAGACAAUGAAGACCAGAUUGCAUUGCUAAAAGGUUCCACUGUGGAAGUGAUGUUCCUUCACUCUGCACAGCUGUACAACCAGCGCCUCACACAGAGCAGUCACCAAUAUAUUCAGGAUACUGAUCACUAUUCCACACUCCCUGGGUGUUGUCCCAGCCAAUGCUUUGAAGAGCAUAUUCCAGCUGUUAUGAUGGAGCAGUCUAAUUUGGAUGAGAUCUCAAUUGUAGUUCCAAAUCGCACAUUAGGUAUAGCUGAAGAAUUUAUAACACCAUUGUUCGAUUUCUACAGAAGCAUGGGAGAACUGAAUGUGACAGAUACUGAAUAUGCCUUACUUUCUGCAACCACAAUUCUUUUCUCAGAUCGACCCUAUUUAAAGAAUAAAACGCAUGUAGAAAAAUUACAGGAGCCUCUUUUGGAGAUUUUACACAAAUAUUCCAAGAUCCAUCAUCCUGAGAGUCCACAGCGCUUUGCUCGUCUUUUGGGUCGACUUACUCAGCUUAGAACUCUUAACCACAAUCAUUCAGAAGUAUUGAUGUCUUGGAAGAUAAAGGAUCAGAAACUUACACCCUUGCUGUGUGAAAUUUGGGAUGUACAAUGAUGGAUUAUUGCAGAGCAUUGUUAUAUAUUUUUGGACUGGUCAGUGCAAGUGUAAGCCAAGCUUUUAUUUUGUAGUACAAAUUCGUGGCAAAAUAAAAGAUGGAAAAUCUCCCUUUAAUUUCCUUCAGUCAGCAGCUACUUUGCCAAAUCAAUUGUCUCGGAACUCAUUAGUCACUGAAGUUUUAUUAAUAUAAUCUAACUUUUGUUUAUUAUACUGAUCAACAGCUUGUCACUUGGUUGUUAUAUUUUUACUUUGUAAAACAUCUGUUCUUACUCGGUACAAGGAUAACCCACCAAUAAUUAAGACAGAUGAAUUCACUUUUUAAAAAAAAUUUAUAUGAACUGUUCCAUUCCAGGGAGUUUAUUGAGAAAUUUUAACUACAGCAAUAGAUAUAAAAUCAGUUCUUGGAUAGUUGCAUUCCCAAAUAUUUUUAAAUUCUUAUAAUCAGUUUAAUUUUAACAUAAUUUUAUAUAAAAUAUUACACAAUGCUGGGUUAAAGUAUGGACUUACCAAAAUCACCAAAAUGCAUUUCUGAUUGUUUUAUCAUAUCUAUUAUGUGUCAAUGAUUUAUAGAAGAAAAUGUAACAUAUCUUGAAAUGGUAGAAUUUAAG